UCUAAAUCAAAUGGCCUGCAAUAAUUUUGUGAAUGCUGGCUACUGGUUCACCCACACCAGUUCCCAGCUUCCAGCCUCCAGAAUUGAUGCUAAUCUUUACACCCAUCUCUUCUGUGGCCAUGCUGGUCUCAACUCCCAAACUUAUGAACUCUCCAUUUCUGAUUCAGCAAAACCUCUAAUUCAUCACUUCUCUCAAACUGUCAAAGAAAACAAUUCUGAGCUGAAAACUUUGCUCUCCAUUGGAGGAGAUGAUGCAAAGGCUGAGAGAUUUGGUGCCAUGGCUGCCCAUUCUUCCCAUCGUGCAGCCUUUAUUAGAUCCUCCAUUUCCAAAGCAAGGGAGGGCAAUUUUGAUGGCCUUGAUCUUCAGUGGCUGUACCCUUCUUCUGUGGAGGACAUGGCCAACUUUGAAGCUCUAAUUAUUGAGUGUCACAGAGCUAUUAUUAGAGAAUCCAGAGAAUCUAAGGAACCACGAUUGAUUUUUGUUGCUACAGUCUUCUACUCACCUCGUUUAGAGAACCUUACAUAUCCAAUUCAAGCAAUUCGAAGAACUUUGGAUUGGGUUAAUGUUAUUGCUUAUGAUAUUUUCACCCCUAUUUUGUCAAGCAAUGAAGUUGGACCAUCCUCAGCAUUCUUCAAUCCAAGGAGAAGAUCCUCGUCUGGAGACUUUGGUAUCAGAACAUGGAUUCGGUUAGGUUUGCCUAGUAAAAUGAUGGUAUUUGGAGUUCCCUUCCAUGGUUGGGCAUGGAAGCUUAAUUGUUCUGGAAAUCCCCGAGUGUUUGCACCAGCCCAAGGAGCAGCUCAAGGACAGGAUAUUUCCAUGGAAGGUCUCAUAGAGUAUAGAAAUGUUAAGAAAUUUAUAGCUGAGAAUGAUGCCAACAAUGUGGUGUUGGACCAAAGGUUUGCAAUUGCCUACACACACUGUGAUUCAACUGGGAUUGCCUACGAAGAUGAAGACACCAUAAGUUUCAAGAUUUCAAGAGUUAAAAAAAACUUGGAAAUGCUUGGUUACUUUCUUUGGAACAUUUCAGCCGAUGAUGAAGAUCAAUCUCUGGCUAGGGCUGCAUCCACUGAAUGGAUAAAAUAGCUUAGACCAUUGGUGAUACGUGUUAUAUAUCCUCUAUAUAAUAAAUGAUUAAAUUUACUCAAAUCCAUCGACUUACAUUUUUGGUUCAUGGAUGAUUUAAUCAUGUGUCAUUUCUAACUGAGGAGAGCACUAUAUAUCUAUAGAGUGUUACAAAAGAACCCAUUUUUCUUGUUUCUUAUUUCUU